UGAGGCACGGCACUGCUAUUCUAUUUGUUAUCUUAUUAAUCGCUGUUAAAAUUGUGUUUUAUCUAGUAAUUAUAAGAAUACGAGGUCGUUGUGCGAGAUGGACGCGAGCUCGAGCGGCGGCAUGGUGCGCGUGAAGCAGGAGCCCGAGCGGGCUACUUACCGCGCCCGUGUUAAGGAAGAAGCCGAAUUCAUGGAUGAAGAGGAGCGUGUGAAGGAGGAGUGCUCGGACAGCGACGACGGAUGCGGCGUGAGCGAGGCCGCCAUGCUGGCCGGCCUGUACGCCGAGCACGAGGUCAAGGACGAGCUCGUGCUGGGGCCGGAGCGCCCGCACCGCCCCACAGUCGGCCUGGUGGUGCGCCGUGUCGCGGACGGCGGGUUUGUUACGGGAGCGGGUUUUUUCGCUCGGGAUUGCUCUGUGCAACUCGAGCGCCUCUCGACCCACGCUACUCGAGGCCACCAGCCUAGAGGGACCGCCGGCUGCGAGACCACCACUCCACCCCAUACAGACUCUGAUAUUGAACAGCAAAUAUUUGUUAGACCUGAGAAAGAACAGACAUCACCCGCUUUUGCCUCCUCUGCGGUGUCGGGUGGGCCUGGCUCGUGCGCGGUCAGGCUGGAGCGCCUGCUGCCGGACGCGGCGCGGCGCAGCUGCCGGGUCGGGCGCCGCACGUACAAGCUGCGCGCCGCCGAGCCCGCCGCCGCCGCCAGCUAUCAGUGCCACCAUUGCGGCAGACGGUUCACGAACAAGUCGGUUUUAAAGAUACACGUACACACUCACUCGCCUUUACAUCAUUCAACCGUACGCGAUUAUGGUUUAGAACGACAUCACACGCUACACGGCGACAAAAAACAGUAUAAAAAGGCUCACGUGAUUAUACAGAUAGGUGAAAAGCCUUUCGGGUGUAAUCACUGUGGCUACAAGAGUAGUUCGAAAUUAAAUUUACAUGCUCACCUGAAGACUCACACUGACGAGAAGCCCUUUUGGUGUAGCCACUGUGGCUACAAGUUUAAAAAAAAAUCAAUUUUAAGUGCUCACCUGAAGACUCACACUGACGAGAAGCCUUUCAGUUGUAGCCACUGUGGCCACAAGAGUAAAAGAAAAGGAGAUUUACAGAUACACCUGAUAACUCACACAAACGCGAAGCCUUUCUGGUGUAGCCACUGUGGCUACAAGUGUAAAACAAAAGGAGAUUUACGGAAACACCUGAUUAUUCACACAGACGAGAAGCCUUUCAGAUGUAGCCAUUGUAGCCACGAGUGUAAAAGAAAAAAUGAGUUGCGGAGACACCUGAUGACUCACACAGACGAGAAGCCUUUCACUUGUAGCCACUGUGGCUUCAAGUGUAGAACAAAGGGAAAUUUACAGACUCACCUGGUAACUCACACAGAUGAGAAGCCUUUCAGGUGUAGCCACUGUGGCUACAAGUGUAAAAGAAAAGAAGAUUUACAGAAACACCUGAUAAUUCACACAGACGAGAAGCCUUUCAGGUGUAGCCACUGUGGCUACAAGUGUAAAAGCAAAGCAAUUUUACAGAAACACCUGAUAAGUCACACAGACGAGAAGCCUUUCAUGUGUAGCCACUGUGGCUACAAGUUUAAAAAAAAAUCAAUUUUAAGUGCUCACCUGAAGACUCACACUGACGAGAAGCCUUUCAGUUGUAGCCACUGUGGCCACAAGAGUAAAAGAAAAGGAGAUUUACAGAUACACCUGAUAACUCACACAAACGCGAAGCCUUUCUGGUGUAGCCACUGUGGCUACAAGUGUAAAACAAAAGGAGAUUUACGGAAACACCUGAUUAUUCACACAGACGAGAAGCCUUUCAGAUGUAGCCAUUGUAGCCACGAGUGUAAAAGAAAAAAUGAGUUGCGGAGACACCUGAUGACUCACACAGACGAGAAGCCUUUCACUUGUAGCCACUGUGGCUUCAAGUGUAGAACAAAGGGAAAUUUACAGACUCACCUGGUAACUCACACAGAUGAGAAGCCUUUCAGGUGUAGCCACUGUGGCUACAAGUGUAAAAGAAAAGAAGAUUUACAGAAACACCUGAUAAUUCACACAGACGAGAAGCCUUUCAGGUGUAGCCACUGUGGCUACAAGUGUAAAAGCAAAGCAAUUUUACAGAAACACCUGAUAAGUCACACAGACGAGAAGCCUUUCAUGUGUAGCCACUGUGGCUACAAGUGUAAAAGAAAAUCAGAUUUACAGAAACACCUGAUAACUCACACAGACGAAAAGCCUUUCAGGUGUAGCCACUGUAACUACAAGUUUAAAAAGAAAGAAAUUUUACGUGCUCAUUUGAUGACUCACACAGACGAAAAGCCUUUCAGUUGUAGCCACUGUGGCUACAAGUGUAGAAGAAAAGCAGAUUUACGGAUUCACCUGAAGACUUACACAGACGACAAGCCUUUCAGGUGUAGCCACUGUCACUACGGGUGCUACAAAAAAGGGGACUUGAGGAAUCACGAGAUGAAACACACUAGGGAGAAACCUUUCGGCUGUAAUAACUGUGACUACAAGAGCCAUAGCAAAACAUAUCUACGACGUCAUCAAAAGAUACACACGGGGGAAAAGCCCUUCCAGUGUAGUUAUUGCGAAUACACGUGCAGGAGAAAAGAUCAUUUAAGGUCUCACCAAAAGAUACACACUCGGAUAUAAAGAAAGGACGCUUAGCACGAGUAAUUUCGUACAGUGGUACACGAGUAAUUAUGUUGCUGUCGCGCCAAUGCGAGUGGGUUACGUUGGUCGUUAUAAUUAAUUCGAUGAAGGUUUAGUUAUUGCAUUGAAAUUACAGCAUAUUGUCAUGUUGGUUUUAUUUGGUCCUUUACGUUUUGAUUCUUUUUUUUACUAGACGCCGACCAAAGUUAUCCUCGUUUAUUUAUUUAUUUAAUCUUUAUUGCACAAAAGAAAACCUUAUAGUACAAAAGGCGCACUUAAUGCCAUGAGGCAUUCUCUACCAGUCAACCUUUAGGCAAAGCAGAGAGAUUGUGGGCGGUGCUACUUUAACAACAACAACCAAAUAUAAUACGAUAACAUACCAUACAUACAUACAUAAAUACCUAAAUAUACAUACUUAUAUUUCUUAUAAUAUAUACAUAAAUAACGACAAAACAUAUAGAGCUUACACAUAAAUUAUUAUUUUUUCAUUCUGCUAGCAAAGAAAGCACGUAAGGAUUUUUUAAAUGCAAACUUAUUUUGAGCAUUUUUGAUGCCGUAGGGAAGUCCGUUCCAAAGACGGGCCGCCUGCACGGAAAACGAAUUCGACAUGAACCCAGUGCGGUGAAGAGGGAUGGAUAGAGACAUAUUGCCGGAAGAGCGAAGUUGACGGUCCCGGGUAACGCCGUAGUAUUGAAAUAGAGACUUAAGGUAUUCAGGAGAAUGAGGAUCAUUUAACACAGAAGAAAGAGUACACAACAUGCGAACAUUGCGUCGUUGACGGAUGGGGAGCCAGCCAAGCUGGGAACGAAAAGAUGAGACAUGAUCAUAUUUACGAAGGCAAAAAAUGAAUCGAAUGCAGUUAUUGAGUAGCCGUUGGGUUAAUGUAACCCGACUUUACGGUACAGUCGAGUUCAUAAAUAUAUGGAUACAUUAAAUUAAAUUAUUGCAUUUUAAAUAACAACAGCUAACUUCUGAAAAUAAUUUGAUUCGUGCUGAGAUAUUACAACUUAAACAACACAAUUCUGCUACAGAAGAGAAAAUGCAACACCUAGAGAGUGACAUAAAUCAACUAAUGUAUGGAGCAUUAAGUGCUCCUGUUGAACCCCAAACUUUAAACAAACACUUAAUCCGCGAAAUACGUGAUCGCUCUGAACGUGAAAAGAACUUAAUUAUGUACGGUGUCACGGAAUCUACUGAUGAAGAGCAAGCAGUAAGACGAGAACACGACAAAAAUAGGGUUAUAGAAAUAAUUGGAGCUGCAAUUAAUAACUUACCAGAUCCGAUAGCUGUAAUAAGGCUAGGGAAACCGAGCACCGGAAAAAAUUGACCAAUUAAAGUAUGUUUUGCCUGUGCAGAAAUUGUUAAAAAAGUGUUAAGAAACAAAAGCAGAAUUGACAAAGAUGGAAUAAAAACAUUUUCCGACUUAACAGUGUCCCAACAGUCUUACUUAAAGAAAUUACGCGAAGAGCUACAGCAACGACAAGAUAAUGGUGAAACUAAUCUCACAAUAAAAUGUGUUAAAGGUACCCCAACAAUAAUAGAGAAAAGUUCUCCGCCAAAAAACUAAAACAUUUAGCGGCAAACGACAAAUUCCAUGCACAGACUGACUCUCACGCGGAGUUUCAGUUAUUAAACUCCUAUGAAGACCUAAACUUAAAUUCAAAUUCCUUGAAUUUCUUCUAUACCAAUAUUCGCAGCAUAGUUACACCUGGCAAGCUUGAAGAACUUAAGUGUAUAUUAAAAUCGACAGGCAAUAAAAUUCAUUUGAUUGUAUUGACAGAAACAUGGAUUAAAACUGAACAAGAGGCACUAUCUAUACAAAUACCAAAUUACACUCUUCAUUUUAACUAUCGCACAGAUGCAAGAGGAGGUGGAGUAACUAUUUUUGUACGAAAUGAUUUAAAACAUGACGUGAAAGAGAAAAAAUAUGCCGAUGGGAAUAACUACUUGUGGAUUCACUUAACUAAACCGGCUUUCGACAUUGGCGUUACAUAUAAACCAGGUGAUACAAACUUUAGUAAUUUCUUAGAGGACUUUGAACACCAGUUAUUACAAAGACAUCGAGCAAUUAUCUUUGGUGACUUUAACAUAAAUCUGUUAACACCAUUGGAUGCAAAAACGGAUAAAUAUACAACUAUGUUGCAAGAAGUCGGAUAUUAUACACUCAACCAAAUUGACGACAAAUAUUCAACACGAACAACGGCUACGACGAAAACUAUUCUAGACCACAUUCACACCAAUAUAAAGAAUAUCGACUUCAAUUUAUCUUUAUUGGAUUCCUCACUAUCUGAUCACGCACAAAUGUUCCUAAAAAUACUGAAACAGAAACCUAAAACAAUCCAGCGCACACAGUUUAAGACUCUUGAUUAUAAAAAUUUGAAUAAAUCAGCAGAGACAUGUGACUUCCAAUCUGCUGCGCGGGAUUAUUUAGAGCUGAAGACGAUGAUAAAAAACAUAAUUGUUAAUAAUACAAUACAGAAGACAAAAAUUUUAAAUGCUCCUCGUAGCGACUGGAUAAACAAAAAUAUAAUCACUGACAUAAACAAAAGAAAUAACCUAUGGCGACUAGCGAAGAAUAAUCCAAGAAAUGAAGAACUACAGGAAAAACUUAGGCAGAAAAGGAACGAAGUAACUCAGCUUAUAACUAAAACAAAGGACAAAUAUUACUACGAACUGUUUACCAAAUGCAAAAAUAACCCUAAGAAAACCUGGAACUUGAUAAACGAGUUGUCCCAAAAUAAAAUAAAAUGUAACCGUGCUCCUCCAAACAUCAUGACACAGUCUGGGCUAAUUACUGAUGGCCAUGAGGUAUGCGAAUAUUUUAAUAAUUUCUUUGCAAAUAUAGGGUCACUAUUAGCAAAUCAAAUACCAGCUCAAUAUCAUAACAACAAAACUUAUACACUUACCCACACUCCUAAAUUCACUAAUAAACUACAGAGCUUUCCCCCAUGUUCUGAAAGCGAAAUUUCUACAAUAAUAGAUAAUUUGGAUCCUAACACUAGUGUUGGUAUUGAUUCUGUCAGUACAAAAGCAUUAAAAUGUUUGAAAUACCAUAUUCUCAAAAGUCUUACCAUCUGUAUUAAUAAUCAUCUAUCAAAUGGCACCUUUCCAGACGAUCUUAAGGUUGCAAAAGUUAGUCCAAUUUAUAAAUCUGGCGUCAAAACUGAUCCUAGUAAUUAUCGGCCCAUUUCAGUUUUGCCAGUAAUUUCGAAGGUAUUCGAGAAAGUCAUAUAUACUAGACUUAAUAACUAUUUGACUGAAAUGAAUUUCUUGUUCGUGCGACAAUAUGGCUUUCGUAAACAAUCUAGUACUCUUUCGGCGACAAUUGAUUUAGUAACUAAAAUUAAAUCCAAUAUUGACGCCAGGAACAUUGGCCUUGGAAUAUUUAUAGAUCUAAAAAAGGCAUUCGACACCGUCAGCCACUCUAUACUACUAAGCAAACUAGAGGAUAUUGGAAUUACUGGCAAGGCUCAUGAAUUGAUUAAAUCGUAUCUUACAAAUCGGCAUCAAAUAGUCAAGAUAGGAAGCUACCAAAGCACAUCACAACUCUUAAAUUACGGUGUUCCACAGGGAUCUAUACUGGGACCAUUAUUGUAUCUGAUUUACGUUAACAAUAUCAGUGAACUUAAACUACACGGUGACAUUUCGUUGUACGCUGACGACACAUGCAUUUUCUACUUCGGUCAUUCGCUGGAAAAAAAUUUAGCACUCGGUCAAGAAGACCUUGAUAAUAUACACAGAUGGUUUCAGUGCAAUUUACUUACAGUUAAUAUAUCUAAAACUUCUUAUAUAAUCUUUAAAUCCAAAAAUAAGAAAAUUAAUAACCAUGUAGGCUUAAGCAUAAAUAAUACAAAAUUAAAACAUUCUUCUGAAGAAAAAUAUCUGGGAUUGAUUUUGGAUAGUAAUCUCACAUGGAAACCUCACAUUACCAAAAUUCGAUCUAAACUGUCAUCUCUCCUAGGAACACUUCGUGGUAUUGUGAAAUGCCUUCCGCGCCAAAUUAGGUAUAAUAUUUAUAAUUCACUUGUCAAAUCUCAUCUAGAUCAUUUAAUCGAAAUAUGGGGACACGCUGCGAAAACUACUCUAAAAGAUCUUCAAGUGAUACAAAAUAAGAUUAUCAAGGUACUUUUCCACUACGAUUUCCUUACACCUACUAAAAAGUAUAUACAGAAACUAAGAUCCUAUCUCUUAACCAAAUAUAUAACUUUAAUACAUGUAUGUUAAUAAGAAAGAUAAUUAAAAAACAGAUACACUGUGAAACAGUUUUUUUCACUAACAGAGAAAAAGGACGGUGUAGACUGCGCAACGCGGACCAUCUAGUGGUACAGUUUCCCCGCACAAAAAAAUUUGGCACCAUAAAUAUAAAAUUUGAAGGGGCACGGAUAUAUAAUAAGAUACCAAAACAUGUAAAAGAAUCUAACACAAUGAGCAUUUUUAAAACGAAUCUAAAAACUUAUAUUGUAAAUAACAUCCCUAUAAUCCAAACCUAAAUGCGGCCCUGGCCAGUUACCGCUGACCACUACUUAGUGCAGUUGUGCGGCGGUGCGUAUUUAAACUUACUUCUACCCACUAUACUGCCACUUAACACAAUUGUUAUUAUUAUGUUAUUGUUACCUAACUUAAGACUUAAAUAUACUUAGAGUAAUAAAAUUAAUUUUGUAAAUUUGUAAAUACAACCAAAUUGUCGCUCACGGGCGCAAACUAACAAAUUAGCAUAGAAUUCAUUAGUGCAUGUAUGUAUCUCAUUAAGUGAAAUGUACAUUUCUUUUGAGAUCAAUAAAAAAUUCUUUAACCACAAAUAAUGACAUUCCAAAUUGAGGGCCGACAUUUAAUGAUGUAAUGAUUUGACAAUACUUUAAAUUAAUUACUUAAUUAUUUUUAAUAGAGUAAGUUAAUCAUUAUUUUUUAAUUAUAUUAUGUAAUUAGCAAUGUAUUGCACUGUAUGUAUGGGUCUUGUUAUCCCAAAUAAAUGACUUUAUUAUAUUAUAAAUAUGUAUAAAAUUUUUCACCUUAUUGCAAUAGAUUGAGAAUAGCAGUCACUUUCGGAAGGUGAGAUAGCAGUCACUUUCGUAAAAACUAGUGCCUACGCCAAAUCUUGGGAUUAGUUGUCAAGCGGACCCCAGGCUCCCAUGAGCCGUGGCAAAAUGCCGGGACAACGCUAGGAAGAAGAUUGCAAUAGAUUAAGGUGAAGAAAUGUUUACAUAUUUAUGAGCUCGACUGUAAUUUAUACCUCAUUUAUCGAGACGAGCUAGCAAUGCGCCCUCACUUUUGUAUCCAAAUGAAAGGGACAAGAAGGUGGGUGUAUACAUUUGCACCUGAAUGGUAGGAUAGGCUUACAUGCCGGCGGCGACGUGCGGUUUUAUAUUAAUGUUCGUUAUGAAGAUAAGAAAAUAUAAUAUUAAGAUUGCAUCUGUAUGAUGACACCAGCUGGUAAAGGCUCUUUUGACUGUUUAUGUUACUUGCAUGCAAGAACUUAAUGUAUUAUGAUUUGAUUAUUUUUAUUGUUAAUUACGUGUUAGAUAUAAGUAGCAAAUUGCUUUGCCCUAUCCGGGUUCAUGUACCAUAGUAAUAAGUCCUAGACAUAAUGCAUUGUACAUGAAUGCAAUAAACAAAUAAAACUGAAAUCAGAAA